AUGAGAUUUACGCACCCAGCACUGCUGUUGGCGCUGUGCCAAAUUGCUUCAUCAUCACCAUGCAAGCCCUCAUCAUCGGUCACUUCCAGUGCUCCUACAAGUACCGACAAUGAGUCCGCAUCAUCUGCGACCGAAACAUCGACAGCGAUCUCGGUGGAAACAGGCUCAUCCACCAUCUCGCAUGACACGACGUUGGCUGCUUCUGAGACCGCAUCAGCCUCCGACUUGUCAAUUUCCACGACUUUAGUGUCAACUUCAAGCGCAGAGCCUACAACUACACUUGAAGCGACAACAGACUUGUCAACAACUCUGGAUGAGACUACGACCACUUUUGAGAGCGAGACAACCUCAGGUUCUGCUACCCUCAUCUCGACUACCACCGCCGAGGCUUCAACCACCACAUCAGCAGCCCCCGAAAUCCCGUCCAACCGCGUCCUCAACCCUGGCUUCGAGGACACCUCAGUCUUCCCCUGGCAAUCCAUGUCCGGAACGCUAUCCCCAUCAUCAUCCGAAGUCCACAGUGGCAGUCAAGCCGGUUUCUUCAGCGGUACCACUCCCAUGAGCGCAAUGUUGGGUUCAAGACAAUUCAUCAACCCAACCUGGAUCACGCCCGGCAAGAGCUACAAAUUCUCCGCCUGGAUUAAGAUCACAAAUACUGUUAACUGUGGUUCCCGCACAAUAGUUUGUGGUCAUGGCGCUGGACAAGGUACGACAAGUUCGGUUGGGUCCAUCACGGAGACUGGGGACUUUUCUUUGGCGAGUGUGACGUGUUCUUGGACGCAGGCUCAGUGGGAGGCUGGACCGAGUGUGCAGAUUAGGAGUUAUUGUACGGGACUUUCUUUCUUUGUUGAUGAUGUGACUUUGGAGGAGGUUGAGACGUUGGGAUGA